GGUAAGUUAAAUUUGGUAUUAAAUGGUUAUUUCUGUGCCCCUCGAAAACUUCACGCUACACGGGCAGGGUGAUAGGGAUCGCCCCGGAGGCGUAACAGCUUCUGUUAUUUAUUCACCGAGUAAUUUGACAAUGCGAGGCCGAGGUUGAAGAUUUCAACCGACGGACGGCAUAUACUCAUACUUUUUUCCCCGUUCCGAUAAAUACUCAGAUGAAUAGUGUGUAGAGGGAGCGUCUGCUGGUUCACUGACAUUUCCCCCGUCUUUUCGCUACACCUUUCCAUCCUACAACUGGUGGGGUCCACUGCCGGAGUCCUUCCUGUGAAUGAGGGGCAGUCUGCUAGCACCAAACCGACCAGACGAGAAGUUUCCCGAAUGUCAAGCCGUAUAGACAGCAAUACCAAUGCCCCCGCAGGAAGAUGCAGGCUCUCGCCAGGACCACCAGCCAUGAACCCGAGUCUCUGCCAGCGGUGCCGUGAACUCUUCAGCCUCGCGAGCCUGCGCGAGGUAUCCGGCGGCUCGUUCGCGCACGGCGAGGCGCAGAUCGUCAUCGCCAGCGCGCGCCGCGGCUGCCCUUUCUGCGAGCUCAUCUGCCUGCUCCAGGUGUGCGCCCUGCUAGGCAUCCCGGACGAGGGCGGCGACAUCGUAGAGUGCAUGCCCGAGGACUUGGUCACGCUCCACGUCCGGUCGAUGGGCGAGGGGUCGCUGGUCGAUGAGAUUCACAUCGAGGUCGACGGGGAGAAGGGCCAAGCGUGCUGUCGGGUCUAUGCCGCGGAAGAUGACCCGGCCUCGGUAUUGACCACAUUCCGCCCCGUUCAGACAGACGUGUCCUCCCCGGCAGCGGCCGCAGCGGCGCGAGAGGCCAUCGCGAGGUGUCGGGAUUCGCAUCCUGCGUGUCGCCCUGCCGCCGAUGCGCGACCUCCAUCGCGGCUGCUCGAUGUUACCGGGGGCGACGAGGGGUUUAUCUAUCUUCGUAGCACUCGCGAUAUGGCAAGGGAAGAAUAUGUCGCCCUCAGCUAUUGCUGGGGUGGCGACCAGCCAGUCAAAUUGUUGGUUCGUAACAAGGCCGAUCUCGAGUGCGGCAUUUCGUUUGUGUCGCUACCCCGAAGCCUCCAGGACGCGGUGACCUGCACGAGGGCGCUGGCGUACCAUUAUAUCUGGAUCGAUGCUCUGUGUAUCAUCCAAGACAGCGUCGAGGAUCAGCGGGAGGAGCUCGGGAAGAUGGCGUCCAUAUAUCGUGACGCCGCCGUCACCAUCGUCGCAGCAGGCGCCACUUCAGUUUCCGAGGGUUUCCUAGGGUGUGAUCGUGCUCGAUCGGUAGCGUCUAGAUUAACGCCGUCCGGAGCCAAAUCGGAAGGUCCUUGCCGCGUCGCUAUUCGGAUCGACGACGGUCGAAUAGGCACCUUGACGGUGAUCCCUAAACUCGAAGGCAUAGGUCAUUACUGGGGGGAAAUAACCCUGCCUACAGAUCGGCGGGCAUGGUGCCUCCAGGAAUCGCUUCUUCCCAGGCGCAUACUGUUAUACACUCACGAGGAGCUACUGUUCCGUUGCCAGACGGUCGAUUGCCAGCCGGUACUCGCGAGUCCGAUAGAUUACAGCAAGGGGGCCGACCCUCCGCGGAUCUUCAGCUCCCGACUGCGCAGCGCCGGCCAGGACCGAAUCUGGCAGAAUCUGGUUAGCGAUUUCAGCAAGCGGCAAUCAAGCGUGGCGGCAGACAGAGUAGUCGCUCUGGAGGGAGUCAUCCACGAGCUCGAGAAGGAAUGGGGAGACGAAUGUGUUUUUGGUCUUUGGAAGAGCCAGGCGCUCCGAGAUUUAUCCUGGGCCACGGGGGUGAAGAGCAGGUCUCUAACGAGGGGGACACAUGCGCCUUCAUGGUCGUGGAUGUCUGUACAAGGCUUGAUCUGCCGCGUCAUGACGACGUCCCACCCAGCCAGGUCUCAAGACUCCGCGACCAGUGCCGAAGCUUUCCGCAUAGGCUGGGAGCCGGAUUUCGACGGCGACGCCGACGAAGAGCAAGGGAGUCAGGUCGACUACCUAUAUCUCGGUUCAGCAAGCGUGCGAGAAUUGGACCGCCAGAAUGUGAAGUACCACAGGGAUGUGGCAAUAGCCGCUGUGAAGGUAGAUGAGGGUGUAUAUCGGCGGGUUGGGAUCGUGCGUCAAAACAUACACUCCAAUGCGAAAGGGUGUACUAGCGAUGUAUGGAUGGAAUGUUUACGACAGAAAGUGACGUUGAUAUAACAAGGGCAUAUCACCGUGCCCAGGGUAGAAGUACCUAGCUCCCGUAACCGAUGAAGGGUCGGUUUAGGGAAAAGGACAAAGGGGAGACGAAAUAGGACACUGAAGUGGUGCAUGUUGACUUGCGCCCCCUUUACACGUCGGGGUGACUGGCGCGUCUAUUCUAUUCUAUAAACUGGGCAA